CUAUUUAGUCUUCUUUUCCGAAGCCGUUGAUUCUGAGCGGUGGAGGUUUCUUUUUCCGGUGUGUCAAAAUGGGUAUCGACAUCAACCACAAAAAUGACCGAAAAGUUCGGCGAACUGAGCCCAGGUCCCAGGACGUGUAUCUCAGGCUCCUCGUCAAGUUGUACCGCUUCCUUGCUAGGCGUACCAACUCCAAAUUCAACAAGAUCAUUUUAAAGCGUCUUUUCAUGAGUAAGAUCAACCGCCCACCAAUUUCUUUGGCCCGUAUCGUCAGGUUCAUGAAAAAAGAAGGACGUGCCAACCGCAUCGCUGUUGUAGUUGGAACGAUCACAGAUGAUGCCAGGAUCUUUGAGGUCCCCAAGCUCACGGUUUGUGCUCUGCGUGUAACUGAAAAAGCACGAGGUCGCAUUCUAAAGGCUGGAGGUGAGCUAAUAACCUUUGACCAACUGGCGCUCCGUGCCCCAACAGGAAAGAGGACUGUACUGAUGCAGGGUCGUCGUAAUGCUAGAGAAGCAGUGAAACACUUUGGGCCAGCACCUGGAGUGCCACAUUCUCACACUAAGCCACUGGUCCGUUCAAAGGGACGUAAGUUCGAACGUGCCAGAGGACGCAGGCGUAGCUGUGGUUACAAGAAGUAGAUCAACACCUAGCUUCUUUUUCGUCAUCGCCAUUUUUAUUUCGCUACCAGUACGACUUCUCCAGGAAAUAUUCUAUAUUGUAUUGAUCUAACCUUGUAGAUUGUUUAUUAUCACAUUAUAUACAGUGUACAAGAAAAUAGUACGAAAUAAAUGUCGGUGUUUACAACUAA